UAAAAGCACUUAUUUCCUCAGCGCCCUUGCAUUUGAUGUAGUUUAAAGUCCGAAGAAACACACCGAGACAUUUUAGGUUGAGAGAACAGGCAGAAAGAUGGAUGUUUGCAGAUACUUGAUCUUGUAUCGCUUCCUGGCAUUCACCGUUUUCAGAGCGGCGGAUUGCUUUGAGGCGUCCAUCGUUGGGGGCAAAGACGUCAGAAAACCUCAGCCGUGGAUGGUGUCCAUUCAGAUGAACCGGAUGCAUGUGUGUGGAGGAAUCCUGAUUCAAGAGCAGUGGGUCUUAACUGCAGCACAUUGCCUGCGAGAACCCGUUUCAUCAGUGACGGUUCUGUUAGGAUCUCUUUCUCUGAGUAAAGGCAGUCAGCGCGUCGGCAUCCUCGGCUACGAAUCCCCGAAAACAUUCGACGCCACGACUAAACAAGAUGACAUCAUGCUCAUUAAGCUAAGCAAAAAAGUGAAAGCGAAAGCUAAAAAAAUCCCUAAAAAGGAGCACGACGUUCCCCCUGGCACUAAGUGUGUCGUGACGGGCUGGGGAAGCGCUAAUGCUGAAGUCUUGAAAGCUUCGGACAAACUGCAAAUGUUAGAGGUGACGGUGAUGGACCGGGAUCUGUGUAACCGCUUCUACAACAGAGACCCCGAGAUCACCAGAGACAUGCUGUGUGCGGGAACCAAGCGAGAAAAGAGAGGCAUCUGCUGGGUAUGUCUUCACUGUGGCCUCCUCAGGAAAUCAUCCUUUGACCUGCAUGAAGGAAAACCACCUUGUGUUGUUUUUCAGGGAGAUUCCGGCGGACCACUUGAAUGCAAGAAAAACAUAGUAGGACUGGUAUCAGGGUCAAAAGAGUGCGGUGACCCCAAGAAACCAGCCGUGUACACUUUCCUCUCUGAGAGACAUAUCCGCUGGAUCAAAAACAUACUGAAAAAGCAAUUCAACAGCACGAGCUCUUAAGAAGCUUAUAUUUACAGCAUAGAGACUUGGUUGUAGCUCAAAUUGCUGUAGCUAAAAAUAAACCAAAAAUAGCCGCGAAGCAUAAAAGCAUUUUUUCACACAAUGUUUUUUAAACAAGUAAAAGAAUUAAGCAAACUGAAAAUCGUGUAAAUGUAUCCACGUGUUAAUGCAUUAAUAAUUCGGUGAAGAAUAGUUUUGACCGGAAGAUGGAGUCAUAUUUCUUUUUAUGGUUUGUUUACCAACUGAAACAGUUUUUGGUCAAAACGUCUUUAGUUAAUGACCUUGCAUUGGUUAAUUGGUCUUCUGUUCAACUGAACACAUUGUACGGUAACAUCGAAGCACAUCAUGUAAACUCACACUGGCUUUGUAGAAUAUUCUUUGCGUGCAAACAGAAUCACGUCCUUCAUCGAAGUGACUUGAUUUGUGCAACAGAGACUAUUUACAUAAAGCAUGCUAAUAAAUUCUACCUUUAACUUAAGAGUGUAGAAAAACAACAAAAACAUGAUGGAAUAAUUAUUGUAAUUUUAAUGUGAUGACUAAAGAUGCCAUGUUAACCUGUAAAAUGUUUUUUUUUUUUUUUUGCUAAACUCCUUAAUUAUUUGUUUAGAAGCUAAUAAAUCCAAUGAGACAUUUCAUGUAAUGCUACUGUAAAAUAUUGUACAUUUACAGUUUCUGUAAGCGAAAUAGAUCAAGUCAUCUUAAAAUGAGCAUUAAAUAAAAGUCUAAUUCAUUGUGCCGGAGCUUUUGUGAUGGACGUAAAUAUUUCUUUUAUGAGCAUACGUAGAUGUUAAACUUAUGUUAAAUUGUUUAUUAUAUUAUUUUAGUAGCAUGCAUAUUAAUGAAGCAUGAACGUGCUUGAUGUUAUUCAGUGAUUCUAAUACAGGCCUUUAUUGGUCCCUAGUGAUUUAAUAAAGGAUUUUUGGAUCCUAACAUUAUAAAAGGUCUUUACUCUCACUUUUAAUCAAUUGAAUGCAUUUUUGCCGAAUAAAAGCAUUAAUUUUAGGUAAGAUUGUUUUUAGGGAACGUUUUUUCUUCUUGGAAACUGCAUUUGGUUGACUAAUAAAAUAUUAAAACUCAA